AUGAUCACGUACAAGGUGGCUGUGCUAUGGGAGGUGCAGAAACCUGUGAAGACUGCUUACUCAUUGGACCUCAGUGUGCCUGGUGUUCUCAGGAGAAUUUUACCCAUCCAUCUGGAAUUGGAGAAAGGUAGUGAACAGACCCUGCAAGUGCAAGUCCGCCAGACAGAGGACUACCCAGUGGACUUGUAUUACCUCAUGGACCUCUCAGCCUCCAUGGAUGAUGACCUCAACACAAUCAAAGAGUUGGGCUCCCUGCUUUCCAAGGAGAUGUCUAAAUUAACCAGCAACUUUAGACUGGGCUUCGGCUCUUUUGUGGAAAAACCCGUCUCCCCUUUUAUGAAAACAACACCAGAAGAAAUCGCCAACCCUUGCAGUAGUAUUCCAUACUUCUGCUUACCUACAUUUGGAUUCAAGCACAUUCUGCCAUUAACAAAUGAUGCUGAAAGAUUCAAUGAAAUUGUGAAGAAUCAGAAAAUUUCUGCUAAUAUUGAUACACCAGAAGGCGGAUUUGAUGCAAUUAUGCAAGCUGCUGUGUGUAAGGAAAAAAUUGGCUGGCGGAACGACUCCCUCCAUCUCCUGGUCUUUGUGAGUGAUGCUGAUUCUCAUUUUGGAAUGGACAGCAAACUGGCAGGCAUCGUCAUUCCUAACGAUGGGCUCUGUCACUUGGACAACAAAAAUGAAUACUCCAUGUCAACUGUUUUGGAAUAUCCAACAAUUGGACAACUCAUUGAUAAACUGGUGCAAAAUAACGUGUUAUUAAUCUUUGCUGUAACCCAAGAACAAGUUCAUUUAUAUGAGAAUUAUGCAAAACUCAUUCCUGGAGCUACAGUAGGGCUACUUCAGAAGGACUCUGGAAACAUUCUCCAGCUGAUCAUCUCAGCUUACGAAGAACUCCGGUCUGAGGUGGAACUGGAAGUGUUAGGAGACACGGAGGGACUCAACCUGUCUUUCACAGCGAUCUGUAACAACGGUGCCCUCUUCCCACACCAAAAGAAAUGCUCUCACAUGAAGGUGGGAGACACAGCUUCAUUCAACGUGACCGUGAGUAUACCAAACUGCGAGAGAAGAAACAGGCACAUUAUCGUAAAGCCCGUGGGGCUGGGGGACACCCUAGAAAUACUUGUCAGUCCGGAAUGCAACUGCAAUUGUCAGAAAGAAGUGGAAGUGAACAGCUCCAAAUGCCACAACGGGAACGGGUCCUUCCAGUGUGGUGUGUGUGCCUGCAACCCUGGCCACAUGGGUCCUCGCUGUGAGUGCGGGGAGGACAUGCUGAGCACAGACUCCUGCAAGGAGGCCCCGGAUCACCCCUCCUGCAGUGGAAGAGGCGACUGCUACUGUGGGCAGUGCAUCUGCCACUUGUCUCCCUACGGAAACAUUUAUGGGCCCUACUGCCAGUGUGAUGACUUCUCCUGCGUGAGACACAAAGGGCUGCUCUGCGGAGAUAACGGCGACUGUGACUGCGGCGAGUGCGUGUGCAGGACGGGCUGGGCGGGCGAAUACUGUAACUGCACCACCAGCACCGACGCCUGCGUCUCGGAGGACGGGGUGCUCUGCAGCGGGCGAGGGGACUGCAUCUGUGGCAAGUGUGUUUGCACGAACCCGGGGGCCUCUGGACCCACCUGUGAACGUUGUCCUACCUGUGGCGAUCCCUGUAACUCCAAACGGAGCUGCAUUGAAUGUCACCUGUCUGCCAAUGGCCAGGCCCGAGAAGAAUGUGCUGACAAAUGCAAACUAGUUGGUGCGACCAUCAAUGAAGCAGAAGAUUUUUCAAAGGAUAGUUCUGUUCCCUGUUCUCUGCAAGGAGAAAAUGAAUGUCUUAUUACAUUCCUAAUAACUACAGACAAUGAAGGGAAAACCAUCAUUCAUAGCAUCAAUGAGAAAGACUGUCCAAAGCCCCCAAACAUUCCCAUGAUCAUGUUGGGGGUUUCACUGGCUAUUCUCCUCAUUGGGGUUGUCCUCCUGUGCAUUUGGAAGCUGUUGGUGUCAUUUCAUGAUCGUAAAGAAGUUGCCAAAUUUGAAGCAGAACGGUCAAAGGCCAAGUGGCAAACGGGAACCAAUCCACUGUAUAGAGGUUCGACCAGUACCUUCAAAAACGUAACCUAUAAACACAGGGAGAAACAAAAGAUGGAUCUUUCCGCAGAUGGAUAG